GAUUGAGCGAUAAUUGGGUCGGCGAGAGGUAACCGAUUCAAAUUCGUGAGCAAGACGAUGGCCGAGGGAACACGUUUGAAGCUGCUCGAUGAACAUGUCCACGUGCUAGAGAAGCAACUACAAGAGUUAACAGUGGGUAAUGAGAGGAAGUUUGAAUCGCUGGCAAGUCGGAUGGAGGCGAUACGUACCGAGGGACAGUCCCAUUAUGACGAUUGGAAGAGAGAUUCUGCGCACACCUCCAAGAAGUUGGAACAGAUUAUGGACCUGCUGAAGAACAUACCACAAGCAUCAUCAACCAAGGGAGUUACUUCUUCAACCAGUCCAGAGGAACGAGGUAUAUUACCAAACCCAUCUCAUUCUCAUACAAAGGAAGAUCAUCAUAUACAAUCUACUAUAAAUCGAUCCGGUUCUCAAUUUCCAUAUCCCAAGUUAGUUUUUCCUAUGUUCAUGAAUGACAACCCAAGGAGUUGGGUGAGAAAAUGUGAGAGGUACUUUGAAUUCUAUGGUAUUAAGGAGCAUCAGAAGAUGGAAUUAAUCGCAAUGCAUUUGGAUGAUAAGGCUGAUACUUGGUUUCAAGGAUACCUGGCAGAGAAAGGAAUGGUCAGUUGGGUAGAUUUCUCUGAAGAGGUUUGUAAACGAUUCGAUACUAAGGGGUUAGUGGAUGCGGUGGAGGAAUUUAACAAAUUGGUACAAACAGGGACAGUAGAAGAGUACCAAGAGCAGUUUGAGGAAUUAAGAGCGCGGAUCCUUACCACUGAUUCACAAUUCUCCGGGAGUUAUUUCUUAUCCAGCUUCUUAAGUGGGCUAAAGGAGGAGAUUAAGUCGGCCGUCAAGAUGCUCUAUCCCCGCACAUUAGCGCAAGCUUUUGAACAAGCUAAAUUGCAGGAACAAACCAUUGCUGCUAUGAUGAAAAGGAAGAAGCAAAUGUUCAAACUGGCAGGAAUCACCAAUUCUUCAAGCAAUUACAAGGGUAUAGGUUCGGCAACGUCGGGAAGAUAUUCCGAUACCACCAGGAACCAACCCAAGUUUGCAGCAGAAAAGGUUUUUCCCAACCGGCAAUUAAUCGAACAGAGAAGAGCGGCGGGACUGUGUUUCAAAUGUGGAGAUAAGUACAGCCCGGGCCAUAUUUGUAAACAGCAAGUUGUGAAUGCCCUGCAAGCCGUUCCUGAGGUGACUGAAGUCUAUGAUGAGAUUAGCUUGCAAGAGGUAGAAGGAGAAAACAAAGUUGAAUUAGAAGAAGCCGAGGAAUUGGGAUUGUCCAUUCAUGCCCUAAGUGCCGAGGACAGUCAAGAUACAAUAAAGAUACAGGGAGAAAGUAAAGGAAAAACUUUAUCCAUUCUGGUGGACACCGGGAGCACACACAGUUUUAUUGAUAUCGGAAUCGCGAAAGAGACCAAGGCCAGCAUAACCACUACUAACCCACUAUUGGUAACAGUAGCCAAUGGCCAAAAGGUACUAAGUAAGCUUAAGUGUACCAACUACGUUUGGGAAAUGCAAGGAGAAAAGUACUCGGCCGACUUACGAGUGAUAAGGCUUGAAGGGUCAAGUAUGAUCCUCGGGAUCGACUGGUUAAAAGCUCACGGGCCAAUCACCUUCGAUUAUGAGAUUAAUACUGUCAUUAUUACUAAAGGGGAGAAGAAGAUCCACCUCAAGGGAAUGACUGAAAAGGCCCAAUUGCGAAGUAUUACCGCGAAACAGCUGCUGCAGGAACCUCAGUUGGGCAGUUGCUGUGCAAUAGCACAGUGGAUUCCGCCAGAUAGCGGAAAAGAAGAGAACAUACCCGAAUCCAUUCAGGAAGUGUUGCGGGAAUAUGGGGAUGUUUUCCAGGAACCACAGGGUCUACCUCCUACUAGGAGCCAGGAUCAUAGGAUACCUUUACUGACCGGGUCUUCGCCAGUUAACAUUAGACCCUAUAGGUAUACCUUUGAGCAGAAGAAUGAAAUGGAAAGACAGAUAAAGGAAAUGUUACAAACAGGGAUCAUUCAGCCCAGCCAUAGCCCCUAUGCAUCUCCGGUGCUCUUGGUUAAGAAAAAGGAUGGAACAUGGCGCUUUUGCGUCGACUAUAGACAGUUAAACAAGCUCACAGUGAAGGAUAAAUAUCCGAUUCCCAUUAUUGAGGAUUUACUCGAUGAGUUGGGGGGAGCAAAAUAUUUCUCAAAAAUUGACCUGCGUUCGGGAUAUCACCAAAUCCGCAUGCAUCCUAGCGACAUUCCGAAGACGGCUUUUAGAACCCACAUCGGCCACUACGAGUUUCGGGUCAUGCCCUUCGGACUUACUAACGCGCCGGCCACGUUCCAAGCUAUCAUGAAUGAGAUUUUUGAUCGCUUCUUGAGAAAGUUCGUAUUAGUAUUUUUUGAUGAUAUACUCAUAUAUAGUAAGACCCUGCAGGAGCAUGUGGAACAUUUGAAAGAGGUGCUGGGAAUAUUACGAGAUCACAGCUUGUUUGCCAAAAGGGUGAGGUGUUUCUUUGGGCAGAAACAAGUAGAUUACUUGGGCUUUGUAAUCACUGAGGACGGGGUGUCGACAGACCCGAGUAAAGUAGAAGCCAUGAUCCAGUGGCCUUUACCCAGAUCUGUAAAAGAGUUGAGAGGGUUCUUGGGGCUUACCGGGUAUUACCGGAAGUUUGUCAAAGGUUAUGGGAUAAUAAGCCGACCCCUAACAGAGCUCUUGAAGAAAGACAGUUUUAAAUGA